AUGGCAGCACCACCUGCGAGGGCACGUGCCGAUUACGAUUACCUCAUCAAGCUUCUUCUUAUUGGCGACAGCGGUGUGGGGAAGAGUUGUCUGCUUUUGCGUUUUUCUGAUGGUUCCUUCACAACCAGUUUUAUCACUACCAUUGGCAUUGAUUUUAAGAUAAGAACCAUUGAACUUGAUGGCAAACGCAUUAAGUUACAAAUCUGGGAUACAGCUGGUCAGGAACGAUUUCGAACUAUUACAACAGCUUAUUACCGUGGAGCCAUGGGCAUCUUACUCGUUUAUGAUGUUACUGAUGAGGCAUCUUUCAACAAUAUUAGGAAUUGGAUUCGCAACAUUGAACAACAUGCUUCUGACAAUGUAAACAAGAUACUUGUGGGUAACAAGGCUGAUAUGGAUGAAAGUAAAAGGGCUGUGCCUACCUCCAAAGGUCAAGCUCUUGCUGAUGAGUAUGGAAUCAAGUUUUUUGAAACCAGUGCAAAGACAAACAUGAAUGUGGAAGAGGUUUUCUUUUCAAUAGCGAGAGAUAUUAAGCAAAGGCUUGCUGACACAGAUUCUAAGGCCGAGCCUCAGACUAUCAAGAUUAACCAACCAGACCAAGCAGGCAGCGGGGGUCUAGCUGCUCAAAAGUCAGCUUGCUGUGGUUCAUGA